AUGAAUUACCUGUCUCCCCCUCUCUCUGUUCCCCUCUCUCUGUCCCUCUCUCUCUCUCUCUCUCUCAUUUGUUUUGUCUUUGUUUUGCCUUUGUCGCAUUUUUUAAACCGUUGUUCAGUUGGGCGCUCCAAUCGUUUCUCCUCCUCUUCCUUCUUCUUCUCAUCCUCCUCCCCAUCUCUCUCUCUCUCUCUCUUUUUCGUUUUUUUUUCUUUGUUUUGCCUUUGUCGCAUUUUUUUAAACCGUUGUUCAGUUGGGCGCUCCAAUCCCCUUUUUGACUCCACAUCUCUCUCUCUGAUGAAAAAGGACCCUCUCAGUCUUUGUAAAGGUCUGAUUUCUUCUUCUUCUUCAAAACUUUCUUCUUCCCUCUUUUUAAACCAACUCUCUCUCUCUCUCCCCCUCCCUCUCUGUCUUUGUCGCCUUUGUUUUUCCUUCUUUUUCUUCUUCUUCUUCCCUCUUGCCGUAUCUCACUCUCUCUCCCUCUCCCUCUCUGUCUUUGUCGCCUUUGGACAUUACAAUUUUUUCAAUCUUCUUCUUCCCCUCUUCCGUAUCUUACAAACUCCCUCUCCCCUCUCUGUUUUGUCCUUUGUUUAUCCUUUUUUUUUCUUCCUUCUCUAA